AUGGCACCCUUCGUAUACGGCCCAUUGAAAGCCGGAUCCAUCCGCCUCAUCAGUAAUCUCUCCAUCAUCAGUAACCCCCCCGCCGACGAUCAAAUAAAAUGCACCCUCGAAGCGGCGGAGCUCGACAGAAACCCGAAUUACGACUGCCUCUCAUACACAUGGGAGGAACCUCUCUACCAGAAAUAUCUCCUUAUGCCGAGAGUGUACGAGAAGAAUCUUACUUACCCUAUCGACUGCAACGGCCAGACCUUCAACAUCGCUGAGAAUCUGCGUGAUGCGUUGGUGGAAAUCGGUAAAAGUCGCGGCGGCAAGGGAGGCCUUCAAGGUCUACAGGAUAAGAUUUGGAUUGACGCAGUGUGCAUAAAUCAAGACAACGAAUAUGAAAAGGGAAUUCAGAUUAGGAUGAUGAGUCGGAUUUAUGCCCGCGCUCAGAGCGUAGUCGUUUGGCUGGGCCCGGAAAUGCCUGAUGAUCCAAGGUUGAAAAAGGCCCUCCUCGUCAUGGAACGACUCUCUCAGAUUCCGCCCGAGAAAUUCAAGACAGCAGUGCUAUCCCGUCUAGGCAAUGCCGACACCUAUCAAAACCUCGGCAUCGAAUUCAUUUCAAAGACUGAAUGGGUGUGCUUCGGUUCGUUCGUCCUCCGCAGAUGGUUCGGUCGAAUGUGGGUUGUACAAGAAACCUUCUUCGCGAAGAAGUUCAUUGUCUUCUGUGGAUCAAACAUCCUUCCCUGGUCACAAAUCACAUCUGCAUCUCGGGUCCUCAAGUCAACCAGCCUCGGAACACUACUCAACGAAGCGAUGGAAGAAAGAGACAGGACAAUCGGCCAGCCAAGCACGACGUCGCAAUACAUCAGCAAUCCCAUCGCCAACCAGUUCCGUUUUCACGACUACAAGACCCAGGCAUUACCGCUGACGCUCGAGCGGCUCUUGGCGGACAGUAGAUAUUUCGGCGCCACGAAAGCUGAAGAUCGUGUCUUUGCGGUCCUCAACAUGUGGAAACCGAGCAGCUGGAAGAGGAAAAGAGACGGCGAUGUGGAGGACGAGACAGCGGUCUUCAUCAUGAAGAACAGCAUUCCUGCCGAAGUCUACGAGCGAGCCUCAAUCGUUUCGAUUCGCGAGACGGAAAAUCUUAACUUGCUCUCGCUCGUGGAAGAUAAGAAUUGGCGCAGACUUCCCGGUCUCCCGUCCUGGGUUCCUGACUUCAGUGCUCCCCUUGUGUGGACGCCUUUAGCUGGGGUUCCGCCUGCGCCGGCGGGCAUGAGUCGUUGGGCUGCGGGGGAAGCGUUGCCAUUCGCACUCCCUCUUCUCAAGACGAAUUCCGGUCGUCUCCUAGUGAAGGGGAUUCGCGUUGACGACAUCGAGAACUGUGCGGAAACGGAUCUAAACCUAAUUGACGAGUGCCAGAUGGUUACUUUACUGGAUAUCUUAUCUCGAUAUCUGGAAUUCGAAUCUGCAAACCCUUCUGGCACUUCAACAACAGAAGAUAGGUUCGAGGCAUUUUGGAAAACGCUGAUCAAAGACUCGUUUCUUGGGAGACCGGCUGGGUCCGAGGCGAGGAAGGCAUUCCCAAUGAUCAUCUCCAUGCGAAAAGCGCUCGAGAACCCCGUCAACAAGAGCGGGAUCAUCACACAGGACACCCGACUCCGCACGCUCUCAGAAAUCUAUUCCCGCACGCGGCGGCUUGUGAACAAGUUGGCUGCGUUGGACAACUCGGUCAUCCCGGGUUGGAAAUCCAUUCGGCACGCAAUCAAGCUUAAAAAGGAGUAUGGUGUUUACCCGGAAGAAAUGCACGAGGAUCUUGUGAAUAUCAUGGAGAGCUUCAACGCCGCUUAUCAGUGCCGGAGACUGUUUCGGACGAGGAAAAACUUCCUUGGGAUCGCCGCGCAGUCGUUGGAUACGGAAAGGGAUGUGGUGUGGGUGUUGGCUGGGGCAGCCGUUCCGGUGGUGUUGAGAGCCAAGGACGCGACGGGUGAGAAAUGGGAGUUUGUGGGGGAGGCGUAUGUGCAUGGGAUUAUGAAUGGAGAGGCAGCAGCCGUUGGGCAAGAGGUGAGCAUAAUCUUGGAGUGA